AUGAAAUGUUUUGAGUGCGGGGAGGAGGGGCACCUGGCCCGCUCCUGCCCGGGGAAGGGUGGAGCGCGUCGGGCUCCGGCCGCGGCAGCUCCAGCUGCGGCUGAGGCAGCGGCAGCUCCGGCUGCGACAGCUGCCCCCGCUGCCACUGGCGAGGAGCCUCCGAGAACAGCCCAGCCCGAGGCUGCUGUUGGCGGUGCUCUGCCUACAGAGCCUCCCGCUCCUCUGGUGGAGGGGGGGGUUCCGGAGACUGAGGUGGCCUCCGAAGCCCCGGAGAGUCCGCUCCCGGAGGUGGGAGCCCAGGGGGGAACCCCCCCUACAAACAGUCACUCUGAGCAGGCAAGGAAAAAAAACGACAGCCAGCCAGAGCCAAUCGAAAUAGAUGAAUCUGAGAUGGAUGAUGAUAUGAGUGAGGAAGAAAUGUUUAAAAUGUCACAAAAGAGGAAAAAUUCGGGGACUGGGCACAACAAUGCAAAAGCAAGCAAGGCAAGGAUGAGGUCCAGCCAGGGGAGUGUGAUCCCCUCUCAGGUGCGGCGGGGGACCCGCGGGGGACCGGCGGGGGACCCGCUGGAUCGUGCUCCAAGCUGCGAUCCGGCUGAGUCAAUGGACGGUUUACUUGAACCGCUGGGUCACGGAGCCGAGAAGGAGGCAGGCCUGGAGCCGCGUGAUGCCGCGAUGUUGAAGCUGAGCGAUGAGGAAGUCGGCCUCCCCGUAGACUCGUCAGGUUCGCUCGGCGGAAGCUCCUGCACCGACGAUCCGUAG